CCGCAAGAGGCGGGAGGGCGGUGUUGUCCGUCGAAAGCCUCGCUCGGUGUUUUGGCGGCAGCGGCGGCGGUGCUUGUCGCCGCCAUGGGCUUCCUGCGGCUCAUCGAGAUCGAGAACUUUAAGUCGUACAAGGGCCGACAGAUCAUCGGGCCCUUCAAGAAGUUCACGGCCAUCAUCGGACCCAAUGGCUCGGGCAAAUCAAACCUCAUGGACGCCAUCAGCUUUGUCCUGGCGGAGAAGACGAGUAACCUGAGGGUGAAGACGCUGAAGGACCUGAUCCAUGGUGCUCCAGUGGGAAAACCAGCAGCCAACCGUGCCCUGGUCAGCAUGGUGUAUGCUGAAGACUCUGGUGAUGAUAAGGUGUUCACCAGGGUGAUUGUGGGUGCUUCAUCGGAGUACAGGAUCAACAACAAGGUGGUGCCCCUGCAGGACUACAGUGAGCAGCUGGAGAAACUGGGAAUUCUCAUCAAAGCCCGUAACUUCUUAGUGUUUCAGGGUGCGGUGGAGUCCAUCGCCAUGAAGAAUCCCAAAGAACGGACUGCCCUCUUUGAGGAGAUCAGCCGCUCGGGGGAGCUGGCCCAGGAGUACGACAAGAGAAAGAAGGAGAUGGUGAAAGCCGAGGAGGACACGCAGUUUAACUAUCACCGGAAGAAGAACAUCGCGGCAGAGCGCAAAGAAGCCAAGCAGGAGAAGGAGGAGGCAGAACGCUACCAGCGUCUGAAGGACGAGCUGGCUCGUGCGCAGGUCCAGCUGCAGCUCUUCAAGCUCUACCACAACGAAUCGGAGAUCGAGCGAUUGAGCAAAGACCUCGCUGCUCGCAACAAGGAGAUUGAGAAGGACAAGAAACGCAUGGACAAGGUGGAAGAGGAGAUGAAGGUGCAGAAGAAGGAAGUCGGCAAGUUGAUCAGGGAGCAGCAGCAGAUCGAGAAAGAAAUCAAGGAGAAGGAUGCCGAAUUAAACCAGAAGCGACCACAGUACAUAAAGGCCAAGGAAAACACGUCGCACAAGAUCAAGAAGCUCGAGUCCGCCAAGAAAUCGCUGCAGAACGCGCAGAAACAGUACAAGAAGCGUAAGGCAGACAUGGACGAGCUGGAUCAGGAGAUGCUGUCUGUGGAGAAGGCCCGGCAGGAGUUUGAAGAGCGCAUGGAGGAGGAGAGCCAGAGUGAAGGACGAGACCUGCAACUCGAGGAGAACCAGGUGAAGAAAUACCACCGGCUGAAAGAGGAGGCCAGCAAGAGAGCGGCUACACUUGCUCAGGAGCUGGAGAAGUUCAACCGGGACCAGAAGGCUGACCAGGACCGGCUGGACUUGGAGGAGAGGAAGAAAGUGGAGACAGAGGCCAAAAUCAAGCAGAAAGUUCGGGAGAUUGAAGAGAAUCAGAAGAGAAUUGAAAAGCUGGAAGAUUACAUCAACACCAGCAAGCAGUCGCUAGAUGAGCAGCAGGCACAGGAGACGAAGCUGACUGACGAAGUGGAGGCAGCGAAGCGACGCAUCGAUGAGAUUAACAUGGAACUGAACCAGGUCAUGGAGCAGCUGGGUGACGCUCGCAUUGACCGGCAGGAGAGCAGUCGGCAGCAGCGUAAGGCGGAGAUCAUGGAGAGCAUUAAACGCCUCUACCCAGGCUCUGUGUAUGGCCGUCUGAUUGAUCUGUGCCAGCCCACACAGAAGAAAUACCAGAUUGCUGUCACCAAGGUGCUUGGGAAGAACAUGGAUGCGAUUAUUGUGGACACAGAGAAGACUGGCAGGGACUGCAUUCAAUACAUCAAGGAGCAGCGGGGCGAGCCGGAGACCUUCCUGCCUCUUGACUACUUAGAGGUGAAGCCCACUGAUGAGAAGCUCAGAGAGCUGCGAGGGGCCAAACUGGUGAUCGAUGUUAUCCGUUAUGAGCCGCCACAUAUUAAGAAAGCGCUACAGUACGCUUGUGGGAAUGCCCUUGUGUGCGACAACGUGGAGGAUGCCAGGAGAAUCGCCUUUGGGGGCCCGCAGCGGCACAAGACCGUUGCUUUGGAUGGGACCCUGUUCCAGAAAUCCGGUGUGAUAUCAGGAGGUGCGAGUGACCUGAAGGCCAAGGCUCGGCGCUGGGAUGAGAAGGCGGUGGAGAAGCUGAAGAGCAAGAAGGAGAAGCUGACCGAAGAGCUUAAGGAACAAAUGAAGAUUAAACGCAAGGAGGCCGAACUGCGGCAGGUGCAGUCGCAGGCUCACGGGCUCCAGAUGAGAUUGAAGUAUUCACAGAGUGACCUGGAUCAGACCAAAACACGGCAUCUCUCACUGAAUAUGCAGGAGAAAUCCAAGCUGGAGAGUGAACUGGCAAACUUCGGACCAAAAAUUAAUGACAUCAAGCGCACGGUGCAGGCCCGGGACCGCGAGAUGAAGGAACUGAAAGAGAAGAUGAACCAGGUGGAGGAUGAGGUGUUUGAGGAAUUCUGUCGAGAAAUUGGGGUGAGGAACAUCAGGGAGUUUGAAGAGGAGAAGGUGAAAAGGCAGAAUGAGAUAGCCAAGAAGAGACUGGAGUUUGAGAACCAGAAGACAAGACUGGGGAUCCAACUUGACUAUGAGCGGCAACAGCUGAAGGAAGAUCAGGACAAGGUGCACAUGUGGGAACAAACAGUGAAGAAGGAUGAGAAUGAGAUCGAAAAACUGAAAAAGGAGGAGCACAGGCACAUGAAGAUCAUCGACGAGACUAUGGCCCAGCUGCAAGACCUGAAGAACCAGCACCUUGCCAAAAAGUCUGAGGUCAGCGACAAGAACCACGAGAUGGACGACAUCCGCAAGAAACUUGGAGGAGCCAACAAGGAGAUGACCCAGCUGCAGAAGGAGGUGACUGCCAUCGAGACCAAACUGGAGCAGAAGCGCAGUGACCGCCACAACCUGCUGCAGAGCUGCAAGAUGCAGGACAUCAAGCUGCCCCUGCGCCAGGGGAGCAUGGAUGAUAUCAGCCAGGAAGAGGGGGAAUUGCAGUCCGAAGACACAGGAAACAGUUCGCAGAGGACCUCAAAUGUGUGUGCGCGCGAGGCCAUGAUUGAGAUAGACUACAGCGAGCUGUCUGAGGAUCUGAAGGACGCAUUAGCGGAAGACGAGGUCAAGAUAGAAUUGAAUAGCCUGCAGCAGAAAGUGACAGAGCACCAGAAUAUCCUGCAACGGAUUGCUGCGCCCAACAUGAAGGCCAUGGAGAAGCUGGAUAGCGUGCGGGAUAAAUUCCAGGAGACCUCAGAAGAGUUUGAGGCAGCAAGAAAACGAGCCAAGAAGGCCAAGCAGGCAUUUGAGCAGAUAAAGAAAGAGCGUUUUGACCGCUUCAAUGCCUGUUUCGAAGCCGUGGCCACCAACAUUGAUGAGAUUUACAAGGCUCUCUCGCGGAACAGUAGUGCACAGGCGUUCUUGGGCCCGGAGAACCCGGAAGAGCCUUAUCUGGAUGGGAUCAACUACAACUGUGUGGCUCCAGGCAAGCGGUUCAGGCCCAUGGAUAACCUGUCUGGAGGGGAGAAGACAGUGGCAGCCUUGGCUCUGUUGUUUGCCAUCCACAGCUAUAAGCCAGCCCCGUUCUUCGUCCUGGAUGAGAUUGAUGCUGCUCUUGACAAUACAAACAUUGGAAAGGUUGCCAACUACAUUAAGGAGCAGUCCAUGUCUAACUUUCAGGCUGUGGUCAUUUCCCUAAAAGAGGAAUUCUACACCAAGGCCGACGCGCUCAUCGGAGUCUACCCUGAGCAAGGGGACUGCGUCAUCAGCAAAGUGCUGACCUUCGAUCUGACUGGGUUCCCAGAGGCUGGCCCAUCACCCAACGAGUAACCCUCAGGGGAAGGAAGGAUUGCGGGUGGGAAUGGGGUUGGGUUUGAUUGUGAGAAUUUGGGCAUGCAGUACUUCAUUCACCUGGCACCGUGUGUCAAGCAAUCAAUCCUUGUCCCCAUGAGGUGGGGAGACUGAGCUUUCCAUUUUUAGUCCCCUCUGCCUUGUGCUGACUCCCCUCUCUCUGUCAGGUCUGUUUUUCUCUCUCUCUCUGUCUCUCUCUCUCUCUGUCUGUCUCUGUCUCUGUGUGUGUGUGUGUCUCUCUCUCUCUCUCUGUGUGUCUCUCUCCGUCUCUCUCCGUCUCUCUCCGUCUCUCUCCGUCUCUCUCCGUCUCUCUCUCUCUCUGUCUCUCUGUCUCUCUCUCUCUCUCUCUGUCUCUCUCUCUCUCUCUCUCUCUCUGUCUCUCUCUCUCUGUCUCUUUCUCUCUCUCUGUCAGCCUGUUUCUCUCUGUUUCUCUCUCUUUCUCUGUCUGUCUCUCUUUCUCUGUCUCUCUUUCUGUCUUUCUCUGUCUGUCUUUCUCUGUCUGUCUUUCUCUGUCUCUCUUUCUCUGUCUCUCUUUCUCUGUCUUUCUCUGUCUCUCUUUCUCUGUCUCUCUUUCUCUGUCUCUCUUUCUCUGUCUCUCUUUCUCUGUCUCUCUUUCUCUGUCUCUCUUUCUCUGUCUCUCUUUCUCUGUCUCUCUUUCUCUGUCUCUCUUUCUCUCUCUGUCUCGUCCCAGUACUUUUGCUGUGUGCCUCACGCAUUGAAGGUUGGGUUGGGAAAGGAAAGGAUGCUGUUCAGUGUUUCCCUUUGUCCGUAGUUCCCUUGAUCGCAAGCCAGAGAGGCUUGAGGGUUUGAGGCCUCUGCUCGCCCCAGUCUCCAGCUGUACAGUCCAGCUUACCACUCCUGAUGUAGGGAUUCUGACCUUCAGACUGCCUGUCAAGAAGCGGUGUGUUAACACCACCCCCACCCACCUUUCAGCUUGGGCAAGCCCCACCUCAGGGUGUGGCUUCAUUGAGCCCCUGGGCCCUGUUCAAAGUGAGGCACAGUCCAAGCGUCCUGCAGGAGGGAUGGGUUUUUUUCUGAACAGUGAGCUUUUAAAAGAAAAUGCCAAUCUGGGUAGCUAACUGCCCCCUUAAUUUAUUUGUUGGAAAGAGUACAGCAGAUUCGAUGAGCUUUGUUUACUGCUUCUGGGGUCAAGCAGCUUUAUUCCCUUGAUUUUUUUGGGAGUGGUGGCAUUUCCCACUUUAGGCUGUGGGUGUGAAAUCUUGCCUCUGGUGAUUGUAUCUCCCUUAACAUCGGAGCCAGCAUGCUCACGUGGCUGGACGUAUGCCUGAAAUUCCCCAGGGUAUCUUUGCCAGAGUGAGUUGGAGUUUGAAAGUAGUGGUAAGGGCCUCGAGAAGCUGAAAGGAAGAGACCGAGCGAUGAUUGCACUGUUUAGUUUUCUUUGUCCUUUGCAGCAGGGACUAGAAUCGUGAACGGGAAGCAGCUGUUUAAUUUGCUGAGCUCCUAAACUUACAGUCCGCGCAGGCAGCAUCCAAGUGAGUUGGGAGAGAGGAGAGCCAGCACUCUGAAUGCCUUUUAUCACCCCCCACCCUUUACAGGGUGUAAUCCCGGAGCUGUGCAGGGGCAGGAGGUUGUGAUUCUGUCUCUGAACAUCUGACGGACUCUGGAAGUACCUGUCUGGUGUUUCACCAGUUGCCGUGCCUAGACAACCUGCUCCCACCACCACCCCACACACACAUGCACCCAGCUCUCCACUGGCAGGCAAGAGCCUCCAGCAGUGCAACACACUAGCACUGCCGCCUGUCAGAGAUGGGAGCGUUGUUUAUUUUGGGGACUUUCUAUUCUUGCACCUGCCCCUCUCUGUCUGUCUGUCUCUCUUUCUCUGUCUGUCUGUCUCUCUUUCUCUGUCUGUCUGUCUCUCUUUCUCUGUCUGUCUGUCUUUCUCUGUCUGUCUGUCUCUCUUUCUCUCUCUGUCUGUCUCUCUUUCUCUCUCUGUCUGUCUGUCUUUCUCUCUGUCUCUGUCUCUGUCUCUGUCUCUGUCUCUGUCUCUGUCUCUGUCUCUCUCUCUCUCUCUAUCCUCCCCCACCCCAACCCCACCAGGAAACAGACCCAGUAGCUGCCAGCAGCUUGGCACUCUCCUCGAUUUGGCAGGAGUGCGGAGGAUCUCGGGAUGGUAUCUGAUGAAAGAUUGACCUUCCUGUUUGCAGAAAUCUCAACUGGAUCGCUGUGAGGGGGCGUUGAAGAGACUCUUUAUGGGUGGGGGAGUGAGUAGAAUUGUCUCUUUUUUUUAAGAUGAGAGAUGUAAAGUAUUUGAUAUGUAGCAUGUCAGGAUUAAACUGCUUGCUCGUUGCAGUGUGGCUCGGGCAGCUGUUUUGGUUGACUUGUUGAAACUCCUUGUAAUGGGAUCUGGAAACCAAUUUCCUCCUCUUUUUAGCAAGAAUCACGUUAGACUGCUUUUCUUUGUGACAGUGCCGUGCAAAAUCAUGUUUCUGUUUUACCCUGAAAGCACCCAAUAAAAUGUAUACUUUCAAUUUGA